AUAGGGAAGCUCAAUUCCGUGAAAGAGAAUCUAGUAAAUAUUGUAACUCUCUUAUUAGAACAUUUCCGGCAAUUUAAGAAAUUAAAUUUAAACCAAAUCCAAGAAUGAUUAGAAACAUUUUGGAAAUGGGUUUUUGAAGAGAAAAAUAUAAUAGAAGCAUUAAAAAUUACUGGAAAUAAUCAAUUUAAUGCUUGUGAAUGGUUACUUGGUGAACGACGACCUAGUUUACAAGAUUUAGAUAUUGGCCUUGAUACAAAUGAAUCCAUUUAUCAUGCAAUUAUAAGCAAUCCUCAAAUACAACUCAGCCUUAAUAAUCCAAAAGUGCUUCUUGCAUACUUAACAAUGCUAGACACACCUUCAGCAUCAUCAGUAUGGAUUAAUGAUCCUGAAAUAUAUCCUGUAUUCAAUCAAAUAUUUAAAACAUAUCAUGCUGAAAAACAUGCCAUCCAUAUGAAUCGUUCUAGGAUGAAUUAAUAUUAUUAGCAGAUAUAAAAAUCUUCAAUAUCUGUGGGAUAAACAUAUUUUCAUAUAAACUUACAAAAAUAGAUCCUACAGGAAAUACAUGGUAUGUUAUAAUUGAAAAAAAAUCGGAAUUUAAAUGUAAUUCAUUUAAAAAAUCGCAUGUUUAUUAAUUUAUCAUUGUUCCUAAUGAUGUAUUAAAAAAUUAAUAUAAUAUCAGUCACCUUUAAUUACUAGCACCGCUGUUUGAUGAAAGUAAUAACUUUAAAGUAAUAUACAAAUUUUGAUUUAACCAUUUAUGAUAGAAAUGAUUUAAAAGAAAUAGAAAUGUGCUGUAUCUAUAUAUGCUUUGUACUUUAUAUUCAAAUAAUAAAUUAAUGAUUUAUCUGCAGUAGUACUAAUUAAAUUUUCCAAAUUUUUACCUUAAAAUAACAUUAAUAAAAUACAACGUUAACUUAUAGACUUGAAAUUGAGUCUUUGUGUUAUUUGAAUGAACAUCAUUCGAGUAUAUAUGUUCUAAGAAGAAUCAAGUGAAUAUAGUAACUGAUAGUAAAACAUUGGUAGUUCAGUGGCGUUAGUGUCGACAUUAUUUUUUGACAGUUGUUUUCGUUAACACGUGCAUUUACAUCAAUAUUUGUGGAACGAUGGUAUAUUAUUUUACAAGCGAGGUUGUACAACCGCCAGUAACAUUAUUUAUGGGGGGUGAUAAAUAUGAAAAUGAGGAUUUGAUUAAAUGGGGUUGGCCAGAAGAUGUUUGGUUUCAUGUGGACAAAUAUUCUUCGGCUCAUGUGUAUUUACGAUUACAUAUGGGUCAAACAAUAGAUGAUAUCCCGAGUACAGUUUUGGAAGAUGCCGCACAAUUAGUAAAAGCAAACAGUAUUGAUGGAAAUAGAAUGAAUGACAUUGAUGUAGUUUAUACAAUGUGGUCUAAUUUGAAAAAGACUCAGGGAAUGGAAGUUGGUCAAGUUGGUUUCCAAGAGAAAGAUGUUCGUAAAAUCCAUGUUACAAAACGUCAAAAUAUUAUUGUUAAUCGACUUAAUAAAACUAAGCGUUCUGAACAAGUAAAUUUACAAGCAGAACGAGAACAAAGAGAUAAAAAUGAGAGAGAAGAAGAAAAGCUUUUAAGAGAACAGAAGGAAAGAGAAAACGCUGAAGAGAAAAGACGUCAAGAAGAAGCUGAAAUGAGAAGCUACAAUUCAUUAUUUAAUUCAUCUAAUAUGACAUCAAAUACAGAAAAUAGUGGCUAUGAUUCAGAUGACUUUAUGUGAUGAACUCAAUAUAAUUUAAUUAUUACAAGUGGUGCCUAUUGUAGAAUAUAUUUUAAUUGAUAUUAUAGAGAAUAUAAUUGAAGUAAAAUGGAAAGCACUUGUAUUGAAGUAUAAUUUGGUACUAAUUGAAAAUUUGUUUUCAUAUUAAUAAUACAAUGUGAAGUUAUUAAUAAAUUAUGCUAUAUUAUGUA